CGAGCCUCGCGUCAGUGCUCGGCGGACGGCAGCCGCGGCGACGCAGUCCAGGCGCGCACACAAAAUGGCGCGCGCUCUGUUCGUCACGCAGUUUCUAACCUUUCUCGUGGCCGCGCAAGCACAGGACAACUACCACACACCCUGGACAGGCUCCCAGAAAUUCACGUCCUGUUACAGCAGCGACGGACGGCCCCAAAGAUGCAUCCCGGGGUUCGAGAACGCAGCAUUCAUGGUGCAGAUGGAGGCAACCAACACGUGUGGCGACCACGGCACAACGUCGUACUGCAAGCAGACCUCGGCCGGCACGUCUACCAGAUCGUGUGACAUCUGCCAACCCGAAGAAGUUUCCAGUUAUUUCUUGACCGAUCUUCAUCACGAGCAGGAUCAGACUUGGUGGCAGUCGGAGACCAUGAAAGAGGGCAUCCAGUAUCCAAACCAGGUCAACUUGACCUUGCACUUAGGCAAGGCAUAUGACAUCACGUACGUCCGGAUCGUGUUCUACUCACCGAGGCCUCAGAGUUUUGCUAUUUACAAAAAGACUGCCGAAGACCGGCCUUGGGAACCUUUCCAGUAUUUCAGCGCGUCGUGCCGAGAUACAUACGGUGUGACGGAGCAGAAAGCGGCGGAGCUGGGAGCGGAAACGCGUGCGUUGUGCACCAGCGAGUAUUCCGAUAUAUCGCCCUUAUCAGGAGGCAACGUUCUUUUCUCCACGCUUGAGGGAAGACCGUCCGCUUACACCUUCGACAGCAGUCCCGAGCUACAGGAAUGGGUGACAGCAACUGAUCUGCGUAUUUCGCUCGACCGACUGAAUACGUUCGGAGACGAGAUCUUCGGCGACGUGCAGGUGCUGCAGUCAUAUUGGUACGCGAUCGCUGACGUGGCGGUGGGCGCCCGAUGCAAGUGCAACGGACACGCUUCUAUUUGCAACACGCUCGACAUGCCGGACGGCUCUAAAUCAAGGAGUUGCAAAUGCGAGCACAACACCGCUGGUCGCGACUGCGAACGCUGUCUGGAUUUCUACAACGACGCUCCGUGGGGCCGCGCCUCUGCUACCAACGCACACGAGUGCAAAGCUUGCAACUGCAACUCUUUCUCUGAGAAGUGCUACUUUGACAAGGAGUUGUACGAGCGCACGGGCCACGGAGGGCAUUGCAUCGACUGCGCCUUAAACCGCGCCGGGCCUAACUGCGAACGCUGCCGCGACAACUACUACGAGGACAGCAAUUCCAUCUGCCUGCCAUGCGACUGCAACCCUGUCGGUUCCCGCAGCCUUCAGUGCAACGUGGAAGGCAAAUGCCAGUGCAAGCCGGGCGUGACCGGCGACAAGUGCGACACGUGUGCAGCAAACCACUACGACUUCACGACACUGGGCUGCAAACCCUGCGGCUGCAACGAGUCCGGAUCCUACGCCAACGUCCCGCAAUGCGACCCCAUUUCGGGGGUCUGUCUUUGCAAACAAAACGUCGAAGGACGUCGCUGCAGAGAAUGCAAACCGGGUUUCUUCAACCUGGACCUCGACAACGAGUUCGGGUGCACACCAUGCUUCUGCUUCGGGCACUCGUCAGAGUGCAGUUCCGCACCCAAAUACAGUGCACACGAGCUCAGCGCGCACUUCAUCAGAGACUCCGAGAAAUGGAGCGCGGAAGACGACCAACAUAGGCCAGCUACAUUACAUUUCAACGCCAGCUUCCAAAACAUCGCUGUGAAGUCCAGAGGCAACGAAGUCGUUUACUUCUUAGCUUCGAGCCAGUUUUUGGGAGACCAGCGCCCUUCAUACAACCACGAUCUCAAGUUCACGUUACGACUUGGAGAAAGCCGAGGCUAUCCAUCCUCACAGGAUAUUAUCAUCGAAGGCUUCCGUACUUCUAUAGCUAUGAACAUCUAUGGCCAAAACAAUCCAGAACCUUCAGAUCAGGCUCAAGAGUACACCUUCAAACUUCAUGAAGAUCCCCGCUACGGAUGGACACCAACACUUCCCAACUUCGAGUUCAUGUCUAUCCUUCAAAACAUAACCGCAAUUAAAAUUAGGGGAACAUACAACAAAGGCGGCGUAGGCUAUCUUACAAGUUUCAGGCUAGAAACUGCAAAAUUGGGCCGAGAAAAAGGUUCAGUCCCAGCAAAUUGGGUAGAAAAAUGUUCAUGUCAAAAAGCCUACGUGGGAGACUAUUGUGAAGAAUGUGCCCCAGGGUUCAAGCACGAGCCUGCUAAUGGUGGACCUUAUUCCACUUGUAUACCUUGCGACUGUAACGGUCAUGCGCACAUUUGUGAUACUGCAACUGGUUUCUGUAUCUGCAAGCACAACACUACGGGUAGCAACUGCGAGCUCUGCGCGAAAGGGUUCUACGGCAAUGCCAUCGCAGGCACGCCCUACGACUGUACACCAUGCCCCUGCCCUAAAGACAGUGGUUGUAUUCAGCUUAUGGACAAGACCAUCGUUUGCACCGACUGUCCUGAUGGCUAUACUGGGCCUAGAUGUGAAGUCUGCGCGGACGGGCACUUCGGAGACCCUAUCGGUAGAUUUGGGCCACAAGCCGAUUGCGUGGAGUGCCAGUGCAACGGCAAUGUAGAUCCUAACGCCGUGGGCAAUUGCAAUAGGACUACUGGAGAAUGUCUGAAGUGUAUUUAUAACACCGCAGGAGAACGUUGCGACAAAUGUUUACCAGGUUUCUUUGGAGAUGCCCUAGACCCGAAGAAGAAAGGCGAUUGCAAGCGCUGCGAGUGCCACGAGGCCGGGACGCAAGAGAGUCCUGACGGGGCGCUGCAGUGCGAUGGCUUCACCGGGCUCUGCGCGUGCCGUCCGCACGUCAUUGGGCGGAACUGCGAUAAAUGCGAGGACGGCUACUACAACAUCAAUUCAGGAGAAGGCUGCAAAACUUGCGAGUGCAAUCUCGAGGGCUCGUACAACAGUUCGUGUCACCCCUUCACCGGCCAGUGCUUCUGUAAGCCUGGUAUCGACGGAAAGCACUGCGACCGCUGCCGCGCCUACCACUACGGGUUCUCAGCGCUAGGAUGCGAGGACUGUGAUUGUGACAACUGGGGCUCCAAUAACUACCAGUGCGAGAUCGACGGCCAGUGUUCUUGUCAGCAGAACGUUGAAGGUCGUCGCUGUGACAGGUGUAUGGAGAACAAUAUGCGCCGAGCGGAUGGACGGGGCUGUGAGAACUGCCCGCCUUGCUACAACCUCGUGCAAGACGCCGUUAACCAAUACCGCAAGGAGUUAGCAGAACUUAACGAAAUCUUAGCAAAGAUUUCGAAGACGCCGACAGUCGUGGAGAACCAGGACUUCGAUAAAGAGCUGCAGCAAGUGCGGAAGGAGAUCGAGCGCCUGGUGGCGGAGACGCAGAGUGAUCUCAACCUGGGAUCCGCAUCUAACAUCACCGACAACCUAAACGAGCUCAGUGGACGACUUGAUGAUAUCAGGGGCAUGUUGACGAAGAUCGAAGAGGAGUGCAUCGACGGCAACGAUGCCAUUGACAAGAGUAAAGGCAACGUGUCUAGGGCCGAGGACACCAUAGAAGCUGCGCAGAAAGAAAUUAAUAGUGUACUAGAGUAUUUAGAAGGCGAAGGUGCCGCAGCACUGGCCAAGGCGAGAAACCGCUCCGAUCAGUUCGGCAAGCAGUCGGGGGAAAUGUCGGCCCUUGCUAAAGAAUCACGCCAACUGGCAGAGAAACUUGAGAACCAGUCGCGCAACAUCCGCCACACAGCCGAAAAGGCUUUCAACACAUCGUUAGACGCCAAAAGGAUUUCUAAAGAUGGAUUGAAUAAACAGGCUAACAUCAGUAACGAAGUACAGAUCCUUGCAAACGAACUGAAGUCUGUGGAAGCCAAGCUGGAGAGCAUGGUAGAUGUGGCCGAUCAGGCGCUAAAGGCUGCCAAAGCAGCAUACGAUGAGGCGCUAGGCUUGUACGCUGAGGUCAACACUACAGUGUUGCCAGAACUAAACCUUGAAAAACGAAAGAUUGAAGCUGCCAACUUGAAUAAGACUAUCGACAUCAAAGCUGAGGAAUUGGAGAAACUCCGAAAGGAGAACGAAGAUACAAUUCAGCGGUUAAACGAGGAGAUGGGACGAGGGCGGCAGUUGCUGAACGACGGAUUGAACAGCCAGGAGCGGCUCAACGAUCUGCUUGCGAGACUCGACGAGCUGCACGCGCAAGCGAAGAGCGACGUCGAACUGACUAAGGCAACCCUGAAAGACGCAAACGAAAUUUACAAGACUUUAAAGGAAUUCAGCGACAAAGUGACGGAGUCUCGCAAACUGGCUGAGCAGGCAGCGGUGGACGUACCAGACGUGCAGUACAAGGUUGCGGAGGCAGAAAAAGCCAUCACCAGUAUCAGCGAGGAGCUUAACACCGCCAGCGAACGUGCCAAAAUCGCGCGCGACCUCGCACAGCAAGCGCAGAAGGAAUACGCUGACAAAGCUUCUGAGGCUGCUCACGAGACCAGGAAGAAAGCGACGUCGGCCAGAGCAGACGCCAGCAAACUCAGAUACGAAGCAGACAAAUUGUUUACGCGAGUGGAAAGCGACAGUAUGGAAAUAGAUGACUUGGAAAGACAAACCCAAGAGGCUAUGCAACUGACACAUAAUGCAAAACUUAAGGUGGGGCAAGCCAACAACGACGCGACUGAGGCGGAGAGACAGGUAGAAAAGGGCCUCAAGGACCUCAAGGUCAUCAUGGAUGAGCUGGGCGGAGUCACGCAAAUCAAUGACACUGUCUUAGAUGCUUUACAAAACAGCAUCAAAGAAGCGGAAAUAGAGCUGAAACAAGUCGAUCUGGAAGGAAGGAUUAAGGCCCUUACUGAAGCUAAGAAUAACCAUCAGAAGUGGAUAAAACAAUAUCAAGACGAAUAUGAACACUUGAAGCAAGAGGUCAGCAACGUGAAAAAUAUUAUGAUGCAGUUCCCCGAGGGUUGCUACAGGGGGGUCCGGCUGGAGAUACAGGUACCAGCUCAGACAGAAGACAGAUCAGAAGAUCACAGGGAAUCGCAAUAAAGCCGGCAAAAAUAAGUUUUAUAUCCAUGUGACAUGAAUGAAAAGUCUGGUGCAAUAUCUUUGGCGCUAUUAUAAAAAAAUAAAAAAUAAAAUAUUAUUACAUGGAUAUAAACGUUUUUCUCGGCACUAGUCGUUUCCGUGUUAAUAAGUGUGAUGAUUUCCUAAUUUAAACAUCAUCAUCGUCAACCUGCCAUGAAGAACUUUACCAAUAGCCAUGUUGCUUCUAACACUUUGAACAUGUCACUUUUCUUCAUAUAAAAUGUAACGGAUAGUCGAAAAUUAAUAAGUUUUUAUAGUUAGCGUAUAUAAUGUGUUUGUUCGUAAAUAGUGUUUGGUAAUUGGAAAAUUUUCAAGCUUGUGAAAGCUUUUUAAAGUAUUUUUUGAUUUUAAUGAAAAUUUUUAAUAUUUAUCAAAUUUUCUAUAUGGAUUUUUUUCCCAUGAUCCAACACUAUACACGAAAGGUUGAAACAAUUAUUGAUCAAUACAGUAAGAGUAUUUUGUGUGUUUACGUUCUAGUGCCUUACCUAAAGUGUCUUCAUAUGUGCCUUUUUUAAACGUAAUAAUUAUUGAAUUCGUACAUACGGCAGUUACUUAUUGGGAUAUACACUUGUAUUGUGUUUAUACUGAAGUCAAUGAGACAAAUCGUUUGAAGGAUGAAACACGAUUACUACACGGUUUUGAGAGACAGGUCCGAGGGUGCGCUCCCACGUGCCGUGACGUCAAACGUGCCGAUUUGCAGUGCGACGUGAGUGCCGAGAGCCGUCCGCGUAGCACAAUUGUGGGCAUUAAGGCUCACACAAAUGAACAGCUUCAAUGUUAUAUGCGUGUAGGCUGUUAACAGACUAUUAAUGGAAGUCCUGAGGCCGACUUCAACUGAAUUAAGAUGGCGAGCUAACCACCUUUCUUCGAAUUUACACAACGAAGUUUGUCCAAAUUUGAGAAAUCAAAUUAAAUUUUGAGUUUACUUCGUAAUUUUUUCCUUAAACUUAGGUUUUGUAAGUAG